UCUCACCUAGUUAGCGCGUCCUGUAAAAACCAACUACUCCUCUUCUCUUAUAUAAAAACAACCCAUUGACAGCCUAACCUCCAGAUACAGCGUGCAUCUGUAUCCCUCCCUCUCCGCAACAAAAGAGUCCAAGAAGAUAAAUUGAUCUCUCUAAAAUCUCCGUAGAGAAAUGAGUUACUACAACCAGCAACAACCUCCUGUUGGUGUCCCGCCUCCUCAAGGUUAUCCACCAGAAGGAUAUCCUAAGGACGCUUAUCCACCACCAGGAUACCCACCGCAAGGGUAUCCUCAAGGUUACCCACCACAAGGUUAUCCACCACAAGGAUAUCCUCCUCCUCCACCCUAUGCUCCUCAGUAUGGUCAACCACCCCGUCAACAACAGGGAAGUUCUGGGCCUGGUUGCAUGGAAGGAUGUUUGGCUGCUCUGUGCUGCUGCUGUCUCCUGGAUGCCUGCUUUUGAUGAGAGAGCUGUGGUUGGGUGAUUGAUUCGAUAGAAGUAUGAUGAUUGAUUUGCAAUGGUCAUUUGAGUGUCCUUCAAAGGGAUUUAUACAAUGAUGCUAUUCUUAUUGAUUUAAGCCCUCCUGUCCAGUUUGUUAUUUCUUCUUUCAAUGCUUAUCUUGCAUAAAUAAUCUGAACCUUUGCAUGGAAGCGAACAAUUUGUUCAACUUCUCAUGCGUUUGUGCGCGCUUUAGUUUCAAAUUCCUUGCCGCUAUGAUUUACUAGCUUUUAUUCUAGAUGUUUGUAAAGUGUUUGGAAUUGUGAUUUUACUAAAUGGAAGUACAUUCACCAGCUA